AGGAGCGCCGCGGCAAUUGAGGAACAGCGGACGCGGCCUGCCUGUUUCUACUCCAGAGACUUGAAGAUAAAGCUACUUGUGAGUUCAGAGGAAUGAAUAGGGUGGACUCGGGACCAGAUGGCUGACAACGCAGACGAAGUAUUUUCAGGCAUCGAUGAUCGUCCAGCAGGAUCGGCACAGUCUCUGCACGAAUGGGUCAUCGCUAGCGGCGGCAGCAUUUCAUCAGAGGCGAGUGCUGAGACUGCCGAAGACGUUUUGACCAACGACUACCUGUCGACGCGCUUCGAAGACGAGACGCGCCAGCGAAAGCCGUCGAGGGCACCGGUCGAGGUCACCGGACGCGACGGAGUGUGGUCGGCCAACGAGGUGGCCCGCGAGCUGCGCGCCAUGGCCGAAGGACUUUGGGACUUGGCCAAUCGAGGCGAGGAGAAGAAACUGGUCGAACUGGUGAUGCUCAACGGCAUCAACUCGCCAGUGGCCCACACGACCCUGCUGAUGGCCGCCUGGCACGGCCUCACCGCACUGACCCACAGAUUGUUAGCCGAGGGCGCCUCCCCAGCAGCUUGUGACACCAAAGGAAGGACGCCUCUGCAUUUGGCCUGUUGUGCGGGUGCUGACGACUGCGUGUCCCACCUUUUGAAAUCAGGUGCGAAUGCGUCCGCGUGGGACAGUGGCCGCAAAGCGACCCCUCUCCACUGCGCCGCCGGUGCCCCGAGUCCUGCCAGCGUCAAACUCCUCUUGGAAGCCGGUGCAAGUCCGAACGCGGGCCUCUCAGGUCACAACACAAACCGAAGUGCCCUCCACUUGGCCGUGCAGGCCAGCAGCCCCGAGUGCGUCCAGUUGCUUCUUGAAGCGGGCGCCUCCCCCAACACACCCCAAUUGUUUACAGAAACGCCUCUGCACCUGGCAGCAGCUCUUGGGGCUGCGGAAUGCAUGCGGCUGCUCCUACACAGUGGAGCGGAUGUUCGAGUUCAGGUAGGUCAAGAGAGAGCAACGUCUCUGCACUUGGCGGCUGAGGACGGAAACGCCGACUGCGCCCGAAUGCUGCUGGACGCCGGCGCCAGUCCGCACGCACGCAACGCCAGAGGACAAACGCCGGCGCAUUUGGCGGCGCUCGCGCAGUCGGCUGAGACGCUCGAGCUGCUCCUCCAACGCGGAGCCGACCCCAACAGCGAGGACACGGGCGGUCGGACGCCCCUGCACAGCGCCAUCGUCAAAGGGUCGCGGUCCUGCGAGUGUGUGCGGCUGCUCGUCGAGCACGGCGCCGACGUCAACCGCGCCGACGCUUACGGCUACACGCCGCUGCACAUCGCAGCACUCAGCGAAUUCUCACCCUGCGUCGAACUGCUCAUCACACACGGUGGGCAUGUUACGGCAAGAACAAAAGGAGGAGUCUCAGCCCUGAGUUUUAUGGUACGAAGAACACCAGACGCCUUGCAACGCUUCACCGAGCGUCUUGACGCGAGCAUUUCUCUCCACGAACAUGAACUGGGUGACGUCGACUGCACCCUGAAGCUGGAUUUCAGGGUCCUGGUGCCGAGAACUUGCCAUGGAGAGGCGGAACUGCUGCUCUCGUUUGUCGAGUCAGGUCAAAGACACCUGCUGCAACACCCUUUGUGCCAAACGUUCCUCUUCCUCAAGUGGAAGCACAUCAGAAAGUUUUUCCUGAUCAGCCUUUUGUUCCACGCUCUUUUUGUGGCUCUGCACACCAGCUUUGUCAUGUCCGUCUACCUCGAGCCGCCAAUUAACAACACCAGAGCUCAAUUAGGGAGGGAGAUAAAGAUUCGAAAACUCAGCGAGCUGCCAGUGUAUGUAACCAUUUUGGGCUACUUUCUGCUGGUAUUCAACAUCAUCUUGGUGCUCAAGGAGAUUUUCCAAAUGGCACACGCAAAGUUCCACUACAUGAGGCGUUGGGAGAAUUGGCUCCAGUGGCUCAUCAUUGGCACUGUUUUUGCGUGCGUGGAAGCUCUGUGGCUGGAGAAGCCCCGACUGACCUCCUCCUGGCAACACCACAUCGCAGCCCUUGGAAUUUUCUUCACAUGGCUCGAGUUGAUGAUGCUGGUCGGCAGAUUUCCCAUGUUUGGACUUUACAUCCAGAUGCUGACAACUGUGGCGGCCAACUUUGUCAAGUUCCUUCUCGCCUACUGCUGUCUUUUGAUAGCCUUUGCGCUGAGCUUCACCCUUCUGUUUCCGCACUAUCCAGCUUUUAAGACUGUGCCACUUGGUUUGCUGAAGACUGUGGUGAUGAUGAUUGGAGAGUUUGAGUACGAGGACAUGUUCUUCACCAAAGAAUACCCAAUUAUUUACGAGGGCACCCUCCACAUGCUCUUCUUCAUUUUCGUCCUGCUGGCAGCUGUGGUUCUCAUGAAUUUGCUCGUCGGUCUGGCUGUCAGUGACAUUCAAGGGCUGCAAAGAUCAGCUGGACUGGACAGAUUAGUUCGACAAGCAGAACUAGUUUCGCACAUUGAAUCGCUGCUCUUUUCCAAACUUUUGAAAAUCAUCCCAGGCGGAAUUCUCACCUUCUGCCACCAAAACGCCCUGUUGGUUGCUUCUAACUACAGGUGGGCCUUUUACAUUCGACCCAACGAUCCCCGCGAGGCGAGAAUUCCAAAGGAUUUGAUCGAAGGGUGCUACCGCUUGGUGGCAACGAGGAGUCCCAGAAAAAGAAAUAAAGACACCAUGAUGAGGAAUAAUAGGAAUGUUUCCCAGUACAGCACCACUUCCGCACACCACUCUCGAAUCGACACGAGUCUGUUGGAGCAAAUCCAAAUCCAGCUAGGCGUCCUCAUGCACAAAUCGGAGCAAAGUAUCACCGCAGAGGGCAGCUUAUCGCAAAGGAUAACUAAUCUGGCCAACCAGAUUGAAAAUUUGCGCCAAGAAUUGGUUAACAAUAAGAGGCAAUUGUCAAUACCUAAUAGUGCGAAUGGAACUGUGGUUCCGGACCUAAGUUCUUCCAUUUAAAGUUUAGAUGAAUAUCAGAGAAAUUUUAAACUUAUAAAUAUAAUGCAUUUUCAAUUCACAAUAUAUAAGCAUUUUGAAAGGUACUCACCAAAAGGCUGCAGGUGAUUUUUUCUCCUGAUGAAAGAGUGACGGUGGGUCUUCCAGACAACUCAUCCAAAUUACAGGACUCGAUUUUUGCCCCAUAUUUGACAGUGGCUGAGCUGUCAGUAACUCUUUGCGUUACUGCUCCCAUCAAGACGUCAUUUUCGACGAUGUAGGCUAUUGGAUCGUCCAGCUGAGGAUUGUUGAAGUUCAGAACAGCCUCGGAACUUGCCUCCCAAACCUAAAAGUUGAGGGCAAUCAAUACAUUAUAUAUUAGUUGAUUUACUAAGCGAAUAAAUUUUAAUUUGCCUGCAUUUUU